AUGUUGUUUUUAUGUAUCGCCGAUAAGGAAAAUACGAGCGCCAACAAAAGUAUUGACAUUGCAAGAAUUUCAAGCUCUUGUUUGUCGGAAAAAUUCACACUUCUUGGUUUUCCAAAUGACAUUUUAAAACCUGGCAACGAAGAUUUCAAUAUAGAUAAUUUGGAGGAGUACAUUUCCCUUGUAGUUGUUGCUACUAUCAAGACAGGUUUCAUAAGGCAACUGGAAGCAUCUAAAGCCGGUUUUAAUCAGGUCUUUGACGUUUCGACUUUGCAAAUGUUCACCUCAAAUGAAUUAUAUCAUUUACUAUGUGGUCAACGAGAGUUAUGGGAGGCAAGGUUUAAAGACAUUAUUGAGCUUAGGUUGAGAAGCUGUGAGAUCGAUUUGUACCUGUUGACGAGUCAGGUCAACAUGACAGAUAUAGGGGGAGAAAGAGAAGCUCCGGUGAGAGUGAAGGAGGUUGGGACAACCUCAGUUUUGUGUCCGAUGCUCACAUCCACUAACUACACCGUGUGGGCAAUGCGUAUGAAGGUUGUCUUACGCAUCCACAAAGCCUGGACUGUGAUUGAUCCAGGAACCGAUGUCAAUGAAGAAAAGGACUGCCUUGCCAUGGGUUUGCUAUAUCAAGCCCUACCAGAAAACCUCAUAAUGCAAAUUGGAGAUCAGGAUUCAGCCAAGAAAUUGUGGGAUGCGAUUAGAGCACGUAAUGUGGGCGCAGAUAGAGUUUAA